UCCAAACAAUGUUGACGCAAUCAAAACUCUUACGCCACCGGCAGCUACCGUCCACGCUUUCCAUUCUGCGGCGCUGCCACAGCGAUUCACCAUCACAUUCUUCUCACAACGACGCCGAAUGGAGAGUGACCCAAGUCGUGGAGCUUCUGCAACAUCCAACAAAUCAAUGGAACUACGAUCAGCUUCAUCCCUUUAUCUUCGACGAUUCGCCUCUCUCCUCUCACGAAAUCCUCCAAAUCACUCAUCGCCUACAUUCCAUUCCCAAAAUCCUCGAUUUUCUCAAUUACCUCAGAGACAAACCACAACUCCACGAUCAAAACCUCGUAUCUUCUGUGUUCCAGGGCGCUCUCGAGCUCGCUUCUCGCUACCCCAAUUCGCAAACUGAGCUUCUCAUGCUUCACAGUUACCGAAAAUCUAACCUUUGUAGUAUCCCUCUUACUCCCAAAUCUGCUUCCCUUCUUUUGCAAUGCUUGGACAAGGCUCAAAUGUUGGAGGAUUCGCUUCUUCUGUUCAAUGGGCUCGACCCUUCUUCCAAAAAUUCUCGACUUUGCAACGGGUUAAUCGAAACGUUGUUCAAUUCGGGUCGUGUCGAGGACGCGCUCCAUGUUCUCGACGAAAUGCUUGAACCGGAUUCUGAUUUUCCACCUGAUAAUUUCACGGGCGAAAUUGUUUUUGGGGAGUUGGUGAAGAGAGAGUGCCAUAGAAGAGUCAUUGCUGAUGAGGAAAUUGUGGGGUUGGUUACCAAGCUAUGUGAGCAUAGGGUUUUCCCUGAUGCAUCUAAGCUUACUAAUAUGAUCACUAAGUUGUGUAGGAAGUUGAAGAACAGUGUGGCGUGGGAGCUUUUGCACGGUGUGAUGAAGUUGGGUGGUGCAGUUGAAGCUGCAUCUUGCAAUGCUUUGUUAAUGGGGUUAGGCAGGGAGAGAGAUAUUCAGAGGAUGAAGGAACUGAUGGCAGAGAUGGAAGAAAUGAAGAUACGACCAAGUGUUGUGACAUUUGGGAUUCUUGUUAAUCAUUUGUGUAAGGCUAGGAGGAUUGAUGAAGCAUUGGAGGUUUUUGAUAAGUUCAGAGGCAAAGGAGAAAGAAAUAAGGUUGGAGUUGAGGUUGAUGUGGUUUUGUUUGAUACCUUGAUUGAUGGACUUUGUAACGUUGGGAGGGAAGAGCAUGGUUUGAGUUUGUUGCAAGAGAUGAAAACGGAGAAUAAAAUUAGGCCUAAUUCUUUUACAUAUAAUUGCUUGAUUCAUGGGUUCUGUAGAGCUGGUAACAUCGAUAAGGCUUGUGAGCUAUUUAGUCAGAUGAUUGAGGAAGGAGUACAGCCAAAUGUGGUCACUCUCAAUACGUUGGUCCAUGGUUUGUGCAAACAUGGUAGGGUACAAGGUGCAGUGGAGUUUUUCAAUGAGAUGAAAGGGAAGGGCCUGAAAGGAAAUGUUGCUACUUAUGCUGUGCUGAUAUCUGCCUUAUGUCGUGUGAACAAAAGUGAUAAAGCGAUGCAGUGUUUUGAAGAGAUGUUGAGUUCUGGAUGCUCUCCAGAUGCAAUUGUUUACAAUAGAUUGAUAUCUGGUUUAAGCAUUGCUGGAAGGAUGGAUGAUGCCAGUGAUGUUGUGUCAAAGUUGAAACAGGCUGGGUUUGGUCUUGACAGGGCGUGCUAUAAUGUCCUCAUCAGUGGAUUCUGUAAGGAGAAGAAGCCAGAAAGAGUUUACGAAAUGCUUAAUAAAUUGGAAGAGACUGAAGUUAAGCUUGAUACCGUCACCUAUAACACUUUGGUUUCCUACCUUUGUAAAAUUGGAGAUUUUGAAACUGCCAGUAAGAUGAUGAGAAGGAUGAUUAAACAGGGUCUUGCGCCCGCUGUUGUUACAUAUGAAGCACUUAUACAUGCAUAUUGUUUAAAUGAUAGUGUUGGUGAGGCCAUGAAGUUUUUUGGAGAAUUGUGUUCUACAUCUAAGGUUCCUCCCAACACUGCGAUUUACAACAUCUUAAUAGAUGCUCUGUGCAAGAAUAACAAUGUAGAAAAGGCUGUUUCUUUGAUGGAUGACAUGAAAGUAAAGGGGGUUCAACCAAAUACAACCACGUAUAAUGCUAUUCUCAAAGGGGUUCGGGAUAAGAAAAUGUUGCACAAAGCAUUUGAAAUCAUGGACAAAAUGAUUGAAGAUGCAUGCAGACCUGAUUAUAUAACCAUGGAGAUUCUUACCGAAUGGCUUUCUUCAGUGGGUGAAAUAGAAAAACUGGAAUGUUUUAUUCAAGGGCAUCCGGUUUCCUCUCAUCCAGCAUCAUCACAAACUUCAAUUCGUUUGUAGUAUUCUUAAGCAAAGUCCAAAUGGAGGGCUUUUAACUGUCCAAGCUCUACAUACAGUGUGAUAUUCCUUUUGAGCUCACUUUUUAAAACACCAUAUACUUGACAGGUUUUAUGCCAAGCUUAAAAUAACCAGUAACUCCUUAAAAUUCUACUAGAUUUUCACAUAGUUUUACACUAUGUUAAUGUUUACUUGUUUUUAGCCAUUUGGUCAUUUUGUAUUGCUGUUGCUGUUGCCGUUGCCAGUUUCAGAGACAUAGCUUAAAUUCUUUCAUUAAAUCGUGUAUUUUAGUAAAAACUUAUUAUAUUAUAUAUCUUU